AUGGGAGAGGAGAACCGCACCUCUGUGACAGAAUUCAUCUUCCUGGGCCUCUCACAGGACCCACACACCCAGCUCCUCCUCUUCUUCCUCUUCCUGGCCAUCUACCUGCUCACCGUGCUGGGGAACCUGCUGAUCAUUGUGCUCAUCCACGUGGACUCCAGGCUCCACACACCCAUGUACUUUUUCCUCAGAAACCUGUCCUUUGCUGAUCUCUGCUUUUCCACCACCACAGUCCCCCAGGUGCUGGUCCACUUCCUGGUAAAGAGAAAGACCAUUUCCUUGGCUGGAUGCUCAACACAGAUAGUGGUCUUACUCCUGGUUGGCUGUACAGAGUGUGCACUCCUAGCUGUGAUGUCCUACGACCGGUACGUGGCUGUCUGCAAACCGCUGCACUACUCCACCAUCAUGACACACGGGGUUUGUGUCCAGCUGGCUGCUGGGUCCUGGGCCAGUGGAGCAUUUGUGUCUCUGGUGGACACCACGUUCACAUUGCGUCUUCCUUACCGAGGAAACAACAUCAUAAACCAUUUUUUCUGUGAACCACCUGCCCUCCUGAAGCUGGCUUCAGCAGACACUUACAGCACAGAAAUGGCCAUCUUUGCAAUGGGUGUGGUCAUACUCCUGGCACCUGUCUCCCUCAUCCUCAUCUCCUACUGGAAUAUCAUCUCCACCGUGAUCCAGAUGCAGUCUGGAGAGGGGAGGCUCAAGGUCUUCUCCACCUGUGGGUCUCAUCUCAUUGUCGUUGUUUUCUUCUAUGGCUCAGCAAUAUUUGCCUACAUGAGACCAAAUUCCAAGAUAAUGAAUGAAGGGGACAAAAUGAUUUCUGUGUUUUACUCAGCAGUGACUCCCAUGCUAAACCCCAUCAUUUAUAGCCUGAGGAACAAGGAUGUCAAAGGGGCUCUUAGGAGAAUAACAAUGAUAUAA